AUGGGUUCAGAUCCCGGGUUCAGGACAUGGGUUCAGAUCCCGGGUUCGGAACAGGUGUUUGGAACAGGGGUUCAGAACCCGGGUUCUGAACCCAUGUCCUGCCAGCAGCAGGGCAGUAAGAGGCGGAGGGCGUGUUCUGGGGACGUCGGCCCGGAGUCGUUCUACGGUGACAGUGAUGGGGGCGGGGCCGGGUCUCUGGGGGCGGGUCAUCUGCUCACCUGGGACCCCUACCAAUCAGACCAGUGGCAUCGCCUGAGUGACGGCAGCUGUCAGGCUCUGCCCCCCCUGGCGUUCCACGUGGAGACGGACAAGGGCUUCUUCUACUCGUUGUCUGACGAGGCCUUCGUGUGCCAGAAGAAGAACCACUUCCAGGUCACGGUCCACGUAGGCGUGGCCGGGGAGCCGCGCUACGUUGCCAUGGACAACGGAGCGCAGCCAGUCAGCCGCUUCCAGGUCAACGUGUUCGGAGUGAAGCAGGAGGCUAGCACCCAGCAGGUGACGAUAGAGCAGUCUCAGGCUGACCGCAGCAAGAGGCCGUUCAACCCCAUCAUGAUCGGUCUCCCUGGCAACAAGAUCACCAAGGUAACCCUGGGACGACUGCACUUCAGCGAGACGACCGGCAACAACAUGAGGAAGAAGGGACGACCCAACCCCGAUCAGAGGUACUUCCAGGUGGUGGUGGGCCUCUACGCGACCGUGGAGAACCACAGCGUCCUGCUGGUGGCGCUACGCUCCGAGAGAGUCAUCGUCCGGGCGUCGAACCCGGGGCAGUUUGAGAUGGACAGCGACACCCUGUGGCAGCGGGGGGCGCAGCAGGAGGCCGUGGUGUGUCAGGGCCGCGUGGGCAUCAACACCGACGCCCCCGACGAGGCGCUGGUCGUCUGCGGCAACGCCAAGGUCAUGGGCAUGGUCAUGCACCCGUCCGACAGCCGCGCCAAGGAGAACAUCCAGGAGGUGAGCUCCGAGGACCAGCUCCGGAGAAUCGCCCAGAUGAGGAUAGUGGAGUACGACUACCGACCGGAGUUCGCCUCCAGGAUGGGCAUCGACCACCUCCACCAAACAGGGAUCAUAGCCCAGGAAGUGAAGGAGCUGCUCCCAGCGGCCGUGACGCAAGUGGGCGACAUCAUCUGCUCCGACGGAGAGACCAUCCCCAGCUUCCUGAUGGUGGACAAGGAGCAGAUCUUCAUGGAGAACGUGGGAGCGGUGCAGCAGCUGUGUAAGCUGACCGAUAACCUGGACAGCCGGAUCCAGGAGCUGGAGGGCUGGAACAGGAGGCUGGCCAAACUCAAGAGUCUGAGCGGUAGCCUGCGGUCUAAGGGAAAAGCAACAACACACCCUAGUGUGUCCCCCAGCCCCCCCAAAAACAAGUCCAGCCCCGUCAUGCCUGGGAAGGAUAGCAGGAUGUUUUCGCAUCCCAAGGUGUUCAAGGCCAGCGUUUACACUCUGUUGACCACCAUGGCCCUCUGUGUGAUCACUAUAACAGCUCUGUACCUGUUGACGCUAGGCGAGAAACAAUCUGACUUCCCAGAUGACAGUGGCAAUGCGUUUCCUGUUGGGACCACCGCUGCUUCAACCCCAGCGACAAACCCCCCCUUAACCCACUGGCCCCCGGACGUGAGCUUCUGCGAUCUGCUAUACUGCGACGAGGUGUUCUGCUGCCCCCUAGAGCCCAGCGGCAGCAGCGACAUGAACGACACGUCAAUCACCAGCACCGAAUCUCCGCAAAAGGACCCCUGUCUGGGAGAGGAUGGACAGAAGCUGUAUGACCAGCUCAAGUUCGCCAGAGACUGGACCAACACCUCCAUUCAAAGCUUCGUCAUCAAGGAGAACCAGCAGGUGAUUGACAGCCGGUACCUGGACGGGACCAGCUGUGGACCGGGACGGGUCAGCUUCAAGGUCCCCAUCAGCCAGUACGUCCCGCUGAACAUGAGGAUCAGCCUCCUCAUGAACUCCACAGAGCUGCUGGUGGUGCACCUUUGUGAGGUGGAGGAGUCUGCGUCCUGCACGCUUCUGCUGGACAUGGACAUGUUGACAGGCACCCGAUACCCCUCCAACACCCAGGGCGUCCAUGAGUGGCCUCUCCACGUGGCUCGUCUACAGCACAGCUCCUAUCACUUCAGGUCCACUGUGGCGGGCCAAGCGGACUGCAGUACUGACCGCCACUCAGCCGGGGCCCUCUUCACAGACUACCACUUCCACUUCUACAGACACUGCACCUACUGACACACACACACACACACACAGCUUUCGGUUCCAGACACUGCACCUACUGACACACAAACACACACACACCUUUCACUUCUACAGACACUGUACAGACUGACUGACACACACACACACACACACACACACCCCACUCACCUCUACAGACACUGUACAGACACACAUCCACGCCAAUAACUGUAUGCUUAGAUUGUAUUGCUCAUGUCUGUAGGAAUUUUAAUUGGUUUAAAACGACAGCCUUUCGAAGAUGAUUGUGAAUGUGUCUCCCUUUUCAAAUCACUGACAUCUGAUCAUGGUAGCUAGAUGAAUUGAUUGAAACUUUAA